AUAAGUCUAUAUUUAACGCCGCGUCUAGUUUGACACUUGAAUCGUCUUCGGAUAUAAACAGUUGAGGAAAUUUAACAUUACCGGAGAAAUAUUAUUUAAAAGAUGGCUGGAACUAUAUUAGAAAAUCUUAGUGGUCGUAAAUUGGCAUACCUUGUCACUAGUCUAUUAAUAUGCCAAGUAAUUUGUUUCCUUAUUGGUGGUCUAAUAGCACCUGCACCGUCAAAUGUCGACAGCAUUCUUGCUACAAAGUGCUUGAUGGACCGACCGUUAGGAAUUGAUGAAUUUGAUGAUAUAUGGCAUAUUCCCAGAGGAAAUGGAAAGAGUAUUAAUUGCAAAGUUAUAGACAGUGAUCUUGAUAGUCCAAAAAUUUUAAAUGAUCCUAACAUCACUCCUAAUCAUUUAGUGUUUGCCUUUCAAGCUCCACUUCCCAAGGAUGGAAUGAUAUUAGACUACUCAAGAUGGAUGGCCACUUUAAAUGCCGUUUUACAGUUGGAUAUUGCAUUCAUGAGGAAAAAUCCUAUGGAACCAGGCACAGAGGUUCAACCUCCGCCCUUGCACCUUGGAGAGUCGCUAAAAGCAACUCUGGUCAUCAAUUUGCUACCUGCCCAUCACAGUGGGGCAUUAUCCAGCGAACCCAAGGGCGUCGUAUCUCCUGGGCUACUAGAGCCACACUGCUCUACGACUCACCAGACCACCAGGCCAGCCAAUGACUGA